GGCUUCACUUGCGCGCUGCAGAAAGCCCAGAGCCGGUCGCGUAGCCAGGAUCUCCUCUCCGACAAGCACUCGCAGACGCCCCUCCAGCUGCUGCCGGUCCGGGGCACCCUCGCCCCGCGCGUUCCGGGGUGCUGCGCUUCGGAUCGCGUCCCGCCUCCGCGCCUUCUUCGCUGGGGAGGCCCUGAGAGAACCGGUGCCUGAGUUCUGGGCACUGCGCCCGGCGCGAAGUGCAGGAUGGAGCGCAAGGCGCUCCUAGCCAUCGCUCUGUGGCUGUGCGUGGAAAGUCAGGCUGCCUCCAUGGGUUUGCCUAGCCUUUCUCCUGAUUCACCCAGGCUCAGCAUACAAAAAGACAUACUUACAAUUAUGGCUAAUACAACUCUUCAAAUUACUUGCAGGGGACAGAGGGACUUGGACUGGCUCUGGCCCAAUAAUCAGAGUGAGUCUGAGGAAAGGGUGGAGGUGACCGAAUGCAGUGACGGCUUUUUCUGUAAGACGCUCACAAUUCCUAAAGUGAUCGGAAAUGAUACUGGAGCCUACAAGUGCUUCUACCGGGACACUGACAUGGCUGCAGUCAUUUAUGUCUACGUCCAAGAUUACAGAUCUCCAUUUAUUGCUUCUGUUAGUGACCAGCAUGGAGUUGUGUACAUCUCUGAGAACAAAAACAAAACUGUAGUGAUUCCAUGCCUUGGGUCCAUUUCAAACCUCAACGUGUCACUUUGUGCAAGGUAUCCAGAAAAGAGAUUUGUUCCUGAUGGCAACAGAAUUUUCUGGGACAGCAAUAAAGGCUUUACUAUUCCAAGCUACAUGAUCAGCUAUGCUGGCAUGGUCUUCUGUGAAGCAAAAAUUAAUGAUGAAAGCUACCAGUCUAUUAUGUACAUAGUUGUGGUGUUAGGAUAUAAGAUUUAUGAUGUGGUUCUGAGUCCUCCUCAUGGAGUCGAGAUGUCUGUUGGAGAGAAGCUUGUCCUAAAUUGUACAGCAAGGACUGAACUAAACGUGGCAGUUAAGUUCAACUGGGAGUAUCCUUCUUUGAAGCAUCAGCAUAAGAAACACAUAAACCAGGACGUAAAAACCCAGUCUGAGAGUGAGAUGAAGAAAUUUUUGAGCACCUUGACUAUAGAUAGUGUAACCCGGAGUGACCAAGGGUGGUACAACUGUGUUGCGUCCAGUGGGCGGAUGACCAAGAGGAACAGCACGUUUGUCAGGGUCCACGAAAAACCUUUUGUUGCUUUUCAUAGCGGCAUGGAAUCUUUGGUGGAAGCCACAGUGGGAGACCAUGUCAGAGUUCCUGUGAAGUGCCUUGGUUACCCACCCCCUGAAAUAAAAUGGUAUAAAAAUGGAAGACCCCUUGAGUCUAACCAUACAGUCAAAGCGGGGCAUGUCCUGACGAUUAUGGAAGUGAGUGAAAAAGAUACCGGGAAUUACACUGUCAUUCUUACUAAUCCCAUUUCAAAGGAGAAACAGAGCCACGUGGUAUCUCUGGUUGUGAAUGUCCCACCCCAGAUUGGUGAGAAGUCUGUAAUAUCACCCAUGGAUUCCUACCAGUAUGGCACCAUGCAAACACUGACGUGCACCGUCUAUGCUGUUCCUCCCCCGCGUCACAUCCAAUGGUAUUGGCAGUUGGAGGAAGAAUGCAACUACAUACCCACUCAAUCUGCCUUAACAACAAAACCAUAUACUUGUAAAGAAUGGAGAAACGUGGAGGAUUUCCAGGGGGGAAAUAAAAUUGAAGUCACCAAAAAUCAAUUUGCUGUAAUUGAAGGAAAAAACAAAACUGUAAGCACCCUUGUUAUCCAAGCAGCAAAUGUGUCAGCUUUGUACAAAUGUGAAGCCAUCAACAAAGCCGGGCUAGGAGAGAGGGUUAUCUCCUUCCACGUGACCAGAGGUCCUGAAAUUACUUUGCAACCUGAUGCCCAACCGACUGAACAGGAGAGCGUGUCUUUGUGGUGCACCGUAGACAGAAUGACGUUUGAGAACCUUACGUGGUACAGGCUUGGCCUACAGGCCCUGCCGGUCCAAGUGGGAGAGUUGCCCACACCUGUUUGCAAGAAUUUGGAUGCUCUUUGGAAAAUGAAUGCCACUAUGUUCUCUAAUAGUACAAGUGACAUUUUGAUCUUGGAGCUCCAGAAUGCAUCACUGCAGGACCAAGGGGAUUACGUCUGCUUUGCUCAGGACAGAAAGACCAAGAAAAGACAUUGUGUGGUCAAGCAGCUCAUGGUCCUAGAACGUAUAGCACCUAUGAUCACAGGAAACUUGGAGAAUCAAACGGCAAGUAUUGGUGAAACCAUUGAAGUUUCAUGCACAGCAUCUGGGAAUCCUCCUCCACAGAUCACAUGGUUUAAAGAUAAUGAAACACUUGUAGAAGACUCAGGCAUCGUGUUGAAAGAUGGACAUCAGAACCUAACUAUCCGCAGGGUAAGGAAAGAGGAUGAAGGCCUCUACACCUGCCAGGCCUGCAAUCUUCUUGGAUGUGCAAAAGCAGAGACCUUUUUCAUAAUAGAAGGUGCCCAGGAAAAGACAAACUUGGAAGUCAUUAUUCUAGUAGGCACUGCAGUGAUUGCCAUGUUCUUCUGGCUACUUCUUGUCAUCAUUUUAAGGACCGUUAAACGGGCCAAUGGAGGAGAACUAAAGACGGGCUACUUGUCCAUUGUCAUGGAUCCAGAUGAACUCCCCUUGGAUGAACACUGUGAACGUUUGCCUUAUGAUGCCAGCAAAUGGGAAUUCCCCAGAGACCGGCUGAAACUAGGCAAACCUCUUGGCCGUGGUGCCUUCGGCCAGGUGAUUGAAGCAGAUGCUUUUGGAAUUGACAAGACGACGACUUGCAAGACAGUGGCUGUCAAAAUGUUGAAAGAAGGAGCAACACACAGUGAACACCGAGCCCUCAUGUCUGAACUCAAGAUCCUCAUUCAUAUCGGCCAUCACCUCAACGUGGUCAACCUUCUAGGUGCCUGCACUAAGCCAGGAGGGCCACUCAUGGUGAUUGUGGAAUUCUGCAAGUUUGGGAACCUAUCAACUUACUUAAGGAGCAAGAGAAACGAAUUUGUCCCCUACAAGACCAAAGGAGCACGAUUCCGUCAAGGGAAAGACUAUGUUGGGGAAAUCCCUGUGGACCUGAAACGCCGCUUGGACAGCAUCACUAGUAGCCAGAGCUCAGCCAGUUCUGGAUUUGUUGAGGAGAAGUCCCUCAGUGAUGUGGAGGAGGAGGAAGUUUCUGAAGAUGUGUACAAGAACUUCCUGACCUUGGAGCAUCUCAUCUGUUACAGCUUCCAGGUGGCUAAGGGCAUGGAAUUUUUGGCAUCAAGAAAGUGUAUCCACAGGGACCUGGCAGCACGGAAUAUCCUCUUGUCGGAGAAGAAUGUGGUUAAAAUCUGUGACUUUGGCUUGGCUCGGGAUAUUUAUAAAGACCCAGAUUAUGUCAGAAAAGGAGAUGCUCGCCUCCCUUUGAAAUGGAUGGCCCCAGAAACAAUUUUUGACAGAGUGUACACAAUUCAGAGUGAUGUGUGGUCUUUUGGUGUUUUGCUCUGGGAAAUAUUUUCUUUAGGAGCUUCUCCAUAUCCUGGGGUAAAGAUUGAUGAGGAAUUUUGUAGGCGACUGAAAGAAGGAACUAGAAUGAGGGCCCCUGACUAUACCACACCAGAAAUGUACCAGACCAUGCUUGACUGCUGGCAUGGGGAGCCCAGUCAGAGACCUACAUUUUCAGAGUUGGUGGAACAUUUGGGAAAUCUCUUGCAAGCUAAUGCCCAGCAGGACGGCAAAGACUACAUUGUUCUUCCGAUAUCAGAGACUUUGAGCAUGGAAGAGGAUUCUGGACUCUCUCUGCCUACCUCACCUGUUUCCUGUAUGGAGGAAGAGGAAGUGUGCGACCCCAAAUUCCAUUAUGACAACACAGCAGGAAUCAGUCAGUAUCUGCAGAACAGUAAGCGAAAGAGCCGGCCUGUGAGUGUAAAAACAUUUGAAGAUAUCCCAUUGGAAGAACCAGAAGUAAAAGUAAUCCCAGAUGACAACCAGACGGACAGUGGUAUGGUUCUUGCGUCAGAAGAGCUGAGAACUUUGGAAGACAGAACCAAAUUAGCUCCAUCCUUUAGUGGACUGAUGCCCAGCAAAAGCAAGGAGUCUGUGGCAUCUGAAGGCUCAAACCAGACGAGUGGCUACCAGUCCGGGUAUCACUCCGAUGACACAGACACCACUGUGUACUCCAGUGAGGAGACAGAACUUUUAAAGCCGGUGGAAAUUGGACCACAAGCUGGUGGCACAGCCCAGAUGCUCCAGUCUGACUCUGGGACCACAGUGAGCUCCCCUUCUGUUUAAAGGGAGACACCUACAUCCUCCCAUUUAUUGGAAAUCACAUGAGAGGUGCUGCUCAGAUUUUCAAGUGUUGUUCUUUCCACCACCAGGAAGUAGCCACAUUUGAUUUUCAUUUCAAAAAGAGGACCUCAGACUGCAGGGAGCCAGUCCCCUAAGCAUUUCCUGAGAAUGUUUGUGACCCAAGAAUGUUUAUGUGUCUUCUCCCAGUGUUGAACUUAUUCUCUUUUUCAUUUAUUUAAAAAGCAUGUAUGAUGCUCCAACUGUGGGUCUCAUCAUAGGUUAUAACAAAAGUCCAAGAAAUGGUUCCAGCUUCAAAGAAACAGUGGUCUACCUGGGGAGUUGACUCCUGUAAAACUAGAAGAUAAAUCAGGCAAUGCAGGUGCUUUUAGGUGUUGAAAAUGGGAAAGAUCUUUAGAGCUGACUGCAUCUAAGAAGCUUUGUUUAGGGUAUGGGUUCUGAGCCAAGGCUUAACUGUAGGAUUUGGAUGGAUAGAAAAGAAGAUAUUAGCUUGCUUUGAGAGGGUACUGGGGCCUGCAGAUGCGUUGUGUUGACCCUGGUGGAGGUGGACACGUGGUCUGUGAGGAACUGUAAAGACUUCAUACAAGGUUACUGGUUUUACAAGGUUGCGUGCUCUUCCCAGUUGGGCUAAAUGAGAGUUCCUUGUGCUGUUUCCGACUCCUAAUGAGAGUUCCUUCCGGACCUUUACGUGUCUCCUGGCCAAGCCCCAGGAAGGAUAUGAUGCAGCUCUGGCUUCUUGUCUCUCAGGCUGAUCCUUUAUUCAGAGCACCACAAAGAAAGGACAUUCAGACCGAGGCUCCCUGUCGUGUUGAAGGGUUCUAACUGUAGAAACCAGCCUCUGGUUUCUUCUGGAUGAGUACCCACGUAUCUGUUGUGAUGUGAUAUGUCUGAGACUGAAUGCAGUAGGUUCAGUGUCAAGCUGUGGUGUCAAAGUUUCAGAAAGGAUUGUACCCUUUUGUUCCUCCUCCCCACCCACCAUUCCCACCCCCACCCCGUCAGUAUUUGAGUUAUUUGACCUCUACACUCCAGCAAAAACUGAUUUGGUUUGUUCACUGUCUAAAUGAUUAUUAGUCAGAUUUUGAAAUUAUUUUAUAGCCAAAGUUCUAACAGCAUUUAUUAUUCAGACUUUUAACAUGUAAAGCUGUUUCUACUGGUUUUUGCCCUUAUUCUUUCCUUUUUAAGAAAGAAAAUGUAUUUUUUGUUUGGUACCAUAGUGUGAGAUGCUGGGAACCAUGACUAUAAAUCAUGCUAUGGCACAUCUAUUUAUAGUCUGUUUAUGUAGAAACAAAUGUAAUAUAUUAAAACCUUAUAUAUAAUGAACUUUGUACUAGUCACAUUUUGUAUCAGUAUUAUGUAGCAUAACAAAGGUCAUAAUGCUUUCAGCAAUUGUUGUCAUUUUAUUAAAAAGAAAAGACAUUGAAAAACUUGAAGCAAUCCUUUUUUCAAAGCUGCGUUACUGUGCCUAUCAUUUCU